AUGGCGCCUCGUGAAGAUGGAAAGGCGGGCGCGAGCGGUGGGGAAGAGGUCAAAACCGAGAGAGGCAUUGCCACUCUUUCGACGCUGAGAAUCGGCACCAAAGCGAUGGUCCUCAAGGAUGGCGAAACACGCAAAGCAGAAAUCUUGUCGAUGCAAACUCGCAAGGGCCAGCCUACGUUCUACGUCCACUAUGUCGAAUUCAACAAACGUCUGGAUGAGUGGGUUGCAGCAGAUCGUAUUGAUCUCUCGCAAGAGGUCGAAUGGCCCUUGCCUGAGAAGGCCGAACCGAAGAACAAGCAGGCCAAAACUCAAUCCAAGAAUCAACAGGUAUCCAAAGCAGAUUCGAAAGCCUCCACCAAAACUGGCCAAAAACGAUCCCGAAGUGGCACUGCUACCAGAGAAGGAUCUACUGCACCAGCUGAUGUUUCGGCCAAGUUGAGCAGACGACCUUCGCAGACUGGCGGCAAGGAAAACAAGGAUCCAACGUUGGCGAUUGUUGCGACUGAAGAUAUCGAUGGCACUCCUCAGCCUGACGAUGAGUCUGCCGUUGACUUGGUCGAUAUGCAGGAAGCUGCGGCCGCCGCGAAAGCCGUGCCUGACAGUGUGCCAUAUUCACGCGAAGAGGAGAUCGAGAAGCUUCGAACAGGUGGCAGCAUGACCCAAAACCAGACCGAAAUCAGCAGAGUUCGGAAUCUUGAAAAGGUUCAAAUGGGACACCACGAAAUUGAGCCCUGGUACUUCUCGCCCUACCCAGCCGAGUUUACUGACUGUGAUUUGGUCUACAUCUGCGAAUUCUGUCUGUCCUACUUUGGCAGUCCUCUGCAGUUCAGCCGCCACCGAAAGAAGUGUCAGCUCUUGCAUCCACCAGGCAACGAGAUCUACCGCGACGAGAACGUGUCAUUCUUCGAAAUCGAUGGACGACGACAACGAACAUGGUGCCGCAAUCUGUGCUUACUCUCGAAACUGUUUCUCGACCACAAAACCCUCUACUACGACGUCGACCCCUUCCUCUUCUACUGCAUGACCGUUCGAGACGACCACGGCCACCAUCUGGUCGGCUACUUCUCCAAAGAAAAAGAAUCCGCAGAAGGCUACAACGUAGCUUGCAUCCUCACCCUCCCGCAAUACCAACGAAAAGGCUACGGCGCCCUCCUCAUCCAAUUCUCCUACGAACUCUCCAAAAUCGAACAAAAGCUCGGCUCUCCCGAGAAACCCCUCUCCGAUCUAGGUCUCCUCGGCUACCGAGCCUACUGGCAGGAAGUCAUCGUCGACCUCCUCCUCGAGCGCGAACAAGAAGCCCCCGGCUCCACCGGCAGCAUCUCCGUCGAAGACAUCGGCACGACGCUCGCGAUGACCAACGCGGAUAUCCUGCACACCCUGCAGAAUCUGAAUAUGUUGCGGUAUAGCAAUAAGAACCAUGUGAUUGUGUUGACGGAUGCGGUGGUGGCGGCGAGGGAGAGGCGGAAGGAGAAGGAGAAGGUCAAGGGGAAGAGGGUGAUUGAUCCGGAGAAGUUGAGUUGGAAGCCACCGACUUUUAGUGCGAGUGCGAGGACGUGGAAUUGGUAG